CUCGGACUGCGAGUCCCGGCGUGCCCCGCGGCGCGGUGCGGGCGGCGGCCGGGCCGGGGACGCAGCGGGGCCGGGCAGGAUGUCGCGCCAAGGCGGCCGCGGCACCGAGAGCAAGAAAAUGUAUUGGUAUUUGCCAUUCAUUUCACCUUCUGCAUCUAUGCAUCUCAUGAACUCGGAGCUCUUCACGCUGACGUACGGCGCUCUGGUCACUCAGCUGUGCAAGGACUACGAGAAUGACGAGGACGUCAAUAAGCAGCUUGACAAGAUGGGUUACAACAUAGGUGUUCGGCUAAUAGAAGACUUUCUGGCCCGGUCCAAUGUCGGAAGAUGCCAUGAUUUCCGUGAAACUGCGGAUGUUAUUGCAAAGAUAGCAUUUAAGAUGUACCUGGGCAUCACUCCGAGCAUCACCAACUGGAGUCCUGGAGGUGAUGAGUUCUCCCUGAUCUUGGAAAAUAACCCCUUGGUGGACUUUGUUGAGCUCCCAGACAACCACUCAUCUCUCAUCUAUUCCAACUUGUUGUGUGGAGUGCUGCGAGGUGCCCUGGAAAUGGUUCAGAUGGCCGUAGAUGUAAAAUUUGUCCAGGACACGCUGAAGGGUGACAGCGUCACAGAAAUAAGAAUGAAGUUCAUCAGGCGGAUUGAAGACAAUCUUCCAGCUGGUGAAGAGUGAAUUGCAACCCCGUCUCCCUUGGGGCUUGGAGGGGACCAGCUGGUUUUGGCCAUUAGCUUUCGUCACAGAUCUGCAGGGAUGUAGUGCCCCUGUACGUUCAGACUGACUCACUGACUGUUUAAGAUGUUGUUAUAUUCUUCUACUGCUACUUCCAUCUUCCGUAGAAGACAAUUGUCUGGUUGCUGUUUAUUUCACAGGUUCGUUCUGAAGCUUUUUCAUAAAGUGAUGUCUUUUUCGUAUUCCCCUGGGGACUCUUUCUACACUCAGUUUCUAAUUGUGACAUUUGGUUGUGUGAGAACUACUGCUCAAACUCUAGAAGAGUCUGUUCAAAUCUGAAGCCAUGUUUUAUGACCAGAAUUGAAGACCAAGCUAUGAGAGCCCACUGAUUUACUGUUAAAUGCUGUUCUUAAAGAGAGGUGUUUAAAAUUCAUUUGGAGAUAAGCACGUAGUAUUUCUGUAGAUCAACCUGGCUUCCUGCAUUUGUUUCUGAAGUUGCUGGUGAAGUGCCAGCUUGGUACCGAGGGGUGAUGUGGGAGAGCCCUCGGAGUGCUGGCACUGGGUUGGGGAGGCUCCUUUUGUCAGAGAGCAGUGGAAUCAUGCAGCUUCUCUUCCCCCAGCAGUCUUGUGACUCCCCUCUUGGAAGGGGAGGACCAUUAAAUUGCAAUGGAGCAGCAGUAAAUAUUUUAAAUGGAGAAAAGGAAAGUGUGGCUAAAAUGCCAUCGGUGGCGCGCUGUGUGCAGCCAGGGGCCACAGGGCAAGUCCACAGGGCGAAAACCAAAACUCAGGCGAAUGGCUGGGAGGUAUUAAAUGCAUUUCAGCAAGUAGAGUCUCUUCCCCUGUCACGGUGUAUAAAUGCUGCACAGCGUGGGGGCGGUGCUGGGGGAUAUUCUCACAGAUGUUUAGGCUGCAGCAGAAUUUCCCGUGUUACUUAAAUUGGCAAGCUUCGGCAGUCUGUAGCACCUGCUGUUCUGUAAAAUAAAUACACAAAGUAGUGUUAUAUCUCAAAAAGCAAGAUACUGGAAAAUCAACUUCCUCUGCAUCCUGUUCAGCCAGAAAAUGCAGUCAGACGUUCCGUUCUCAAAUCACUUUGCAUAGCAUGAAGGCACAGAUCCACAGAGAUAAUUAGGAGCUUAAAGUCGAUAGCUCUUGCUCGCUUCCACAGGAGCUGGUGGCUCGAAUGCCUUUGUAGGUUUAUGCCUGAGUGUAAGGUGAGAGAGAGAAAGCUGCCACUUGUGCUGCUGUUCCUUCACGUUCUCCAGAUGAACAUUGGGUCAUCUGGACAGCUCGCCUCGCCCCCGGUUUUGCCCAAAUGAGUCCCUUUGGCGGGAGGUUUUGGACACUCGAUGUGACGUGUGUCCCAUGAAGGGGCAGCAAGUCGCUGUAAUUCGAGGCUGACACCACGGGCCAGCGGCGGCUGUGGAGCAGGGGAGCUGCUCGGUCACCUUGCUCAUCACUGAUCAUUAGAAGUCAUUUAAGGCUGCAUUUUAAAAGCAAUUGCAUUAAAAGAAUCCCAGUGUCAA